UAAACUUGAGAGCUAGUUGGUAAUUAUAUUCAACUUUAGGACGAACACUUUCUGAUGUUAUUGGCUAUGAAGAUUUAGGGCUUUGGAAAUUGUAUUCAACUUUGCAUACAUUUUCUGAACUAGAACUUAACUCUCUGUCUGUCUCUCUCUCUCUCUCUCUCUCUCUCUCUCUUGUUCGUAAGGGAAGACUGAAAUGGAACAAAUACAGCACAAGUACAUCACCGUACAAGGCCUAAAGCUCCACGUUGCCGACAUCGGAACAGGUCCCAAUGUGACCGUGUUCCUCCAUGGUUUCCCUGAAAUUUGGUACUCGUGGCGGCACCAGAUGAUUGGUCUGGCCCACUCCGGCUUCCGAGCCAUUGCUCCCGAUUAUCGCAGACACGGACUCUCCGACCCGCCUUCCCAACCAGACAAAGCCUCCUACCACGACCUCAUCAGUGUCCUCUUUGGAAUUCUCGUUUCCCUUGCUAUUCCUAAGGUUUUCCUCGUCGGAAAAAAAUUUGGAGCUUGGCCAGCGUACUUAUUUUCCCUUGCAUACCCAGAUAGGGUCUUGGGAGUUACAACAAUCGGAGUGCCAAUCAUGCCACCAAGCCUUCUAAAUUCGAUAAAAAGUUCCCUGAGGUCUUCUACAUUUCAAGACGGCAGAGGCUGAUUUUGGGCGCUUUGAUGCGAAAACAGUUGUUUGGAACAUUUACAUCCUUUUCUCCAGAAGUGAAAUACCAAUAGCUGCAGAAAACCAGGAGAUCAUGGACUUGGUGGAUCCAUCUAACCCUCUUCCCCCUUGGUUCACCAAGGAAGAUCUUGCAGCAUAUGGAGCUCUGUAUGAGAAAUCGGGCUUCCAAACUGCACUGCACAUUCCGUAUAGGAAACGCAUUUGAUCUUCGAAUCACUACUACUUCCGCAUACUAGAAGAGUUAAUGAAAAAAACAUUGUUAUCGAAUCAUCAGACCUAUCAUUUGAAAUUAGUUUAACCCUGCUAGCUUGAACUUUACGUUAUGUAUUGGUAGGGCACUUAGAGAAGAAUUCGGCUUGACGAAUCUAAUUGUUAAAGUUCAUGCACUUUAUAUCAUGGGAGGCAAGGAUUAUGCAAACAAAUUUCCAGGGAUAGAUUACUACAUCGACAUUGGGAGGGUGAAAAGUUUGUCCCCAAUUUGAAUAUUCAAUUCAUGUCCGAAGGAUCGCAUUUCGUUCAAGAACAGUCGCCGGAAGGUUAAUUAGCUUAUCAUUACCUUCCUUGAAAAGCACGUUUGAUUGCUAAUGCAUGUGUGAAGAUUGCCAAAGACGAAGUGUUAUUUAUAGAAGCCUUUGCAGAGGUUUUAUGUGAACCACUGGGAAAUUAUGCAUGUGAUUCGAUAAUCUGAACAAUAUUUUAUCUUAAUUUAUACAAAAGAUUGCUUUGUAAUUUUGACAUGUAAUGUUUUUCAAAUACUACAUUAAGACUUGAUUUGUUGCA